UGACAGUCUGAAGCAGGAAACAACAAGCUGUUGGAGAUAACCAUGCGGAGUCAGAAGGCGGCACUAGAAGAGUUGGCGCACAACAUUAACAGACUCCAGCCGUUCCAUCCGGGAUCGUUGAUUCUGAACGAACAACACUUUUACCAGAACUCGAUCUUGCUUGGGUGGUCGCAGAAGAAUGCACACCCGGUGACGUUGCGGCACUUGGCGAACUUUGGCCGCAAGAUGACGUCGGAAAAGAUCUUGGCAAGCGCCAACUUUGUGAGAACGGAGCUUCCAAUUAGAUUGAGCUUGAAAAUCAAGGAGCUCCAGAGCUUGCCGUACCAAGUCAUCAGUAACUACCACCUUAACCAGGUUUACCAGAGCUACUACCACUGCUUCAAUGCGUUCCGACGGGUGGAGAAGAUUGAGACGCUAGAGGACAACGAGGACUUCUGCGACUUUGUGAAAAACAUGCUCGAUGACCACUUGAUUGUGUUGCCCCAUCUUAUGAUGGGCGCCUUGGAGGUGUCGAUCUUGAAGAUCAUGUCGCAGUCCGACUUGGACAAGUUCAUGUCGUCGAUGGUGCGGUCGAGAAUCAGUAGACGGGUGAUCAUGGACCAGCACACGUCGAUGUCAAAGACGUUCAUGGAGUCUCUGCGGCUGCAGAAGGACGACGACGGCGGCGAUAACGACAUCAAGCCUCCGGACUACAUCGGAGAGGCAUUCCAGCUAUGCUCGACCCAUGAGCAUCUCAAGCUCUCGUACAACAUGAUCAUAAACUUCUUGCAGGGGCUUUAUCCGAACAUGCAGAUGCCCGAGCUCGUCAUCAACGGGGACGACUUGAAGUUCCAGUUCAUGACAAACCACCUCAGCUACAUCUUCACAGAGAUCCUCCGCAACUCGCUCCGCUCGACCAUCGAGCAGUUCAUCAAGUUGAACGGCAGGGACCGGGGCUUCGCCCAGAUGAGUCCGCCGCCCGUGUGUGUGGAGAUCACCGACACCAAGUACGAGAUGACGUUCAAGAUCUCCGACCAGGGCGGCGGGAUCCCGCUGGAAAAGCUCGAGUCCGUCUGGUCGUUCGGCAAGAGCCCCGAGCUGGCCAAGCGCUACCUCGACAGCUUCCACGCCUUGCCCGGCCUAGACCUUCCGACCCGCUUGCCCAUCAUCGAGCACCAGUACUUCCAGAAGCGCAGCGAGCACGAGAUGAAGCGCCCAGAGAAGUUGGCCGGCAUGUUGGACAACAUUGGCCAGAUGGAGAUGAGCAGCUCGCAGAACAAGAACUCCAUGUUGAAGUCCCUUGCCUCCAGGCCCUUCGAGUACACCCUCGGGGUUUCCCUCCCGAUGUGUAAAGUGUACACCGACUACUGGAACGGUGUCUUGGAGAUGUGCUCCGUUGAAGGCUACGGCAGCGACGUCUUUUUGAAGCUGCAAAAAUUGGGCCACCGGGACGAGAGGCUCCAGCUUGACAAGGCCUAGAUGCUCUGCUGCCACCGCAACCACUUCCCCCGCUGUGUAUCUUCUUUACUUCUAUACUUACUAUACCAUCUUACAAUCUAUUCGAGAACGGCCAUUUUUCGGUCGAUCGGCCCGAAAAAGCGCAAAUCUCAAUAAGCGUGGGGCGAAACAGACAGGAUGGCUGCUUCCAGUCGCUGCUAGGGGCUACGGCAGCACAAAUAGUGGUGACCGCUUUCAUCAGGCAUGUCUGGCU